UCAACGCCGCAGUUAAGGCACCACACCUUUUGGUGUUCGAUGGAGCAGCACACUAGUCAUCCCACUAACAGAAAAGCCAAUGAAGAAAAUAAUAAUGUGCCUCUUUGUCGAGCAAAACUUUCUCCCAGUCUCAUUGAUGUUCAAGCAACUUCUCUACCAGCCACUUUUCUGAACCUCCAGACAACAAAGCUACCCUCAGGAGUUGAGGCUAAACCCAAGGAAUGCCUAGGACUCCUAGACUGUAUGUAUGUCAACCUCCAGCUUCAGACUCAGCUUGCUGAACAACAGAUGACCAUUUUGGAAAACUUACAAGCAUCUGUGUCACAACAAAUUCCUGGGAAGGAAGGCAAGGACUCAUCUGUCCCAGCCUUAGCUCCUAAACAGCUGUUAAAAUCACCCGCCCCAAUUCCAUAAAUGAAUUGCGGAAAAAAUGUACUGUGCAUGUUUUUUCCCUCUCUCUUUCCAAAAGCCUCUGGUAGAAUUUAUGUCUGCAUUCUUCUCUCUCUCUCUCUCUCUUUCU